AUGGCCGUCUCCGUGCUUCGGGUGACAAUCGUCCUGGGACUGCUUGCCUUGAUCCUGACCUGCCAUGCGGGUGGCAAACCAGAUGACAAGCCGGAUAAGCCAGAUGACUCAGGCAAGAAACCAGUGCCAGACAUGCCAACAUUCCUAAACCUGUUGGGCACGGAGAUCAUCGAGAACGCGGUGGAGUUUGUGCUCCGCUCCAUGGGGAGGAACUUAGGGUUUACAGAACUUGGUGAUAAAGGAGAACAUUCAUCAAAGUGA